UUUGAAAAAAAAAAAAAAAAGAUGGCAGCAGCUGCAGUUUCUAAAACCUCUUCAGCUGAUGAUACUGGUAUUAAUCACCCAUUUGAGUUCAACAAAUCAGUCCAAUCCAUUAUAGAUUCUUCCGAUCUCAAACAUCUCCCUUCCAAAUAUAACUUCGAACUCGGAGGCGGCAAUGACACGAGCGCUACGAGCUGCGAAUCGCUCCCUGUCAUCGACUACUCCGCCCUCACCUCCAUGGACCCUCAACGACGCUCUAAAGCCGUGGUUGAACUCGCUCGAGCAUGCACGGAUUGGGGGGUUUUCUUCCUGGUGAAUCAUGGGCUGCCAGAUGAGUUGGUUGCUUCACUAUUUGCAACGCUGAGGGAGUUUUUCAGCUUGCCCGACGACGAGAAGAAGCAGUACGCGGGGAUAAGCACUUCUUCUCCGAUCGUCUGUGGGAAUUUCAACGUGAAGACUACAUCCAACCAAACCUUCACUUUGUGGAGGGAUUUUCUCAAGAUCCAUGUGCACCCUGAGUUUCACUGCCCCUCCAAACCCGAACCACUAAGGGAUAUUGUGGCGGAAUACACGGGAAGAGUCCGGACCAUGGUCCGAGAGAUGGUGGGAGCGAUAGCCGAAUCCAUGGAGCUCGACCGUGACUACGUGGAGGAAGCUUUGGAGCUGAAAUCAAGUCAUCAAAAAUUAGGUGCGCAUUUCUAUCCACCAUGCCCUCAGCCAGAUAAAACAAUAGGGUUGCCGCCACACAACGACACGGGUCUCUUCACUAUACUGGCCAUCCGCAAUGGAGAACCCGGCUUACAGACCGACCGUCAAGGCCAAUGGUUCGAAGUUAUUCCUCCUCCCAAUUGUGUGAUAGUCAAUGUUGGUGAACACCUUGAGAUAUUUAGCAAUGGGAGAUGCAAGAGCGAUUUGCAUAGAGUGGUGGUGAACAGGGAAAGAGAGAGACUGACGGUCGCAGUGGGGAAUGGUCCGGGCAGCGAUGUGAUGGUAGGCCCGGCCGCUCCGCUAGUGGAGCGAGAUGGCCGUGCCAACUAUCGUUCUAUGAACUAUCGAGAAUAUACGGAGUUUAAGUGCAUUAGUGCUUACAACUCCAUGUCGAUGCUUGAUGCACAAAAGAUACUGAGCACGAGUUUUAAUGUAUAA